AAGACUGUCAAUAAUUUGCGCGACAAUCUGUUAUUGGAACCAUCGUAACGACCAAGACCCAUUUUAUGUCCCCAAGAAAGUAAGGAGUACUCAACACAUUCCUCCUCAAAAUGGGAGCUGUUCUGGGUGUUUGUUCGGCGGCUACUUGUGCUGCCAACAUAGCAUGUUGUUGUGGUUCUGCUGCUUGUAGUUUGUGCUGUAACGCUUGCCCUUCAUGCAAGAACUCUACAUCGACGAGGAUUGUCUACUCUAUCUUUCUACUCUUCGGGUUAAUUUUGUCAUGUAUUGUGCUCAUACCAGGAAUAAGAGAAGAGAUGGAUAAAAUACCAAAGUUUUGUGAGAAAGAAGACAAGAUUUGUGACAGCCUCGUUGGGUACCUAGCAGUGUAUCGUAUCUGCUUUGCCAUGGCAGCAUUCUUCUUUUUCUUCUGCCUCAUCAUGUAUGGUGUAAAGAGUAGUAAAGAUCCAAGGUCUGGAAUACAAAAUGGCUUCUGGGGUCUCAAGGUCUUGAUUUAUGUUGGCCUUAUUGUUGGAGCUUUUUUCAUCCCAACUGGAACUUUUGUUGAAGGUACUGCAAGUAUAUAUGAAGACUUGCAUGGUAGUUUUGUGCACCUCAGGAAAUGUAUAGAGAACAGUAUGGAGAAUAUGCAGACUAAUAACAUUGACCAAAUUUUUAUUUCAGAUCCUUCAUGUAACCCCUUUGUAAACGCUGAUCCUUCAGUGAAGAGCGUUGACAACCAAGCCAUCAUUGGUGUUGUGGUGAUGUUUCUCAUGGUUGUGUAUGCUAGUGUUAGGACAGCAAGCAGCUCACAAGUGGGAAAACUUGGUAUGAGCAACCCAGCAGCAAGUGCAACAGGUAGCACUGAGGCUACUACCCUUCGUGAAGAGGGAGGUGCUAACAGUGAUAUAAACCUGAUGGAAGAAGGGAACAGACAGCAGGUGUAUGAUGAUGAACAAGAUCAGGUGGCUUACAGUUACUCAUUUUAUCAUUUUAUGUUGUUCCUGGCUUCCCUUUACGUCAUGAUGACCUUGACAAACUGGUACAAGCCAGAAUCCAGUAACAUCCACAACCUUACAAACAGCAGUGUGGCAGUGUGGAUCAAGAUAACUUCCAGUUGGAUGGGUCUGCUGCUGUUUAUCUGGACCCUCAUUGCUCCUGUCCUAUUUCCGGACAGAGAUUUUGACUGAAGUGAGCACGCCUAUCCUCCAGAUUACAUAGACACUGCAACCGAUUUCUAGGCAAGCAUGCUUAGACAUUUGGCUCUCCAUUAAUUUUUUGUUCUGCCUAGGUUUGUAAAGCGUGAGGAAGCUUUUAAUCUUUGACUGUAGCGUUUAGCUUUUGCGAAAUAAUCCAAAUUUAGAGGCAAAAAAAAGACUAGAAAAAGGAAAUGAAAUGGAAUAAGAGAUUGUGGAAAGAAUGUUCGAGAUCGUCAGAUGUUAGUUAUUAUGGUUAUUCUACAAUUG